AUGGGCUUUAAAGAAUAUGUCAAGCGUCGAUCGCUAAGGGCGAGAGACGAUGCGAGGACGAGGGCGGCAGAACUCACGCUUCGAGAGUCACUCUACCCUAUCUGUUUAGUCACAAUUUUGUUUUUCCUCUGGGGGUUCUCAUAUGGCUUGCUAGACACAUUGAACAAGCAUUUUCAGAACACCCUUAAUAUCGAUCGCACGAGAUCAAGCGGUUUGCAAGCUGCAUACUUCGGCGCAUACCCCAUCGCCUCUCUCGGCCACGCGAACUGGAUCCUACGACACUAUGGCUACCGCGCAACCUUUAUCUGGGGACUUUUUCUCUACGGCGUCGGCGCCCUGAUUGCUUUCCCUUGUAUCCAGGCACGAUCUUUCGGCGGCUUCUGCGCAUCCAUUUUCAUCGUCGGGAACGGUCUCGGUUCCCUUGAAACCGCCGCAAAUCCCUACAUCACGGUCUGUGGUCCGCCCAAAUAUGCUGAGAUCAGGAUCAACAUCUCCCAAGCGUUCAAUGGCAUCGGUACCGUGAUCGCGCCAGUUCUGGGUUCUUAUGUUUUCUUUAAGUUCAGCGACGACGACGCCCUGCGCAAUGUACAAUGGGUUUAUGUCGCGAUUGCCAUCUUCGUGUUCAUUCUCGGUCUGGUGUUCUUCAUGUCAACAAUCCCGGAGAUCACCGAUGCAGACAUGGCUUUUCAGGCCAACGAGACGCAUGCCAAUGCGGACGAUAAACCUUUUUGGAAACAGUACCGCCUAUUUCAUGCGGCGUUUGCCCAGUUUUGCUACACUGGAGCGCAGGUCGCCGUGGCUAGCUAUUUCAUAAAUUACGUCACAGAAAACGGCACCACUGACGAUUCGUCAUUGGCUGCCAAAUACCUCUCGGUUGCUCAAGCGGCAUUUACCGUCGGUCGGUUCGGCGGCGUGUUCCUCAUGAAAUACAUACGGCCUCGAUGGGUUUUCCUUUUCUUCCUGGUCAUGUGCAUCAUAUUCAUCGGCCCCUCAAUCACCCAGCGAGGCGUCACGGGAAUGAGCAUGCUCUACGUUGUGCUGUUCUUCGAGUCCAUAUGUUUCCCCACUAUUGUCGCCUUGGGCAUGCGCGGUCUCGGCCGUCAUACUAAGCGAGGUUCUGGGUGGAUCGUGGCAGGCGUAUUUGGUGGUGCUAUCGUCCCGCCAUUGACUGGCGCUGCUGCUGAUGCUCACGGUACACCAUUGGCACAGGUGGUGCCAAUGAUGUUCUUCAUCGCGGCAUUGUCAUAUGCCGUGGCGGUCAACUUCGUUCCAGCUUACAGGGAUGUUGCUGAUGCAUUUUCUACCACUGACGUAGGGCUGACGGGACAUCACGAUGAUGUCGAAACUGCUGGUGGUGUGGUUGCCGAUGACAAGGCUGGCGAGAAAGGUCUCGAGUUGGAGCACGCAAAGUAG